CAGCACAGUCUCGCGAUAUGAGACUUGUGACGUCGGGAUUAGCAGUCCGGCAGGAAUCAAGGAGCUGGAUAUUAACGGGAUGCGGGACGUUUAAGCAGAGAUUCUGGCGGUGUAAAGAAAAUCGUCAAUGUCCCGCAAAAAGCGGGACUGUUAGACGGUAGAGCCUGUAUUCCAGGGUGAAUUUGUUCAGUGCAUUCCAGCUCAAAGCAUUGUGCUGAAUGUUCACUUUCUUUACAUUCGAGAAGAUAAUUUCAUGUAAUGUGUAACCACCUAUAGGGGCAUGCCAGACAUGGUUAUAUAUCCUUACUUUAUGUUCACUGGAAACAAAGUUAUGUCAGGAUAACCUUUGCAGAUAUAGGGAGGACAAUUGCGUAAGUCAUGCAGUCUUCAAGCCACAGAUUCCGUGAUGUAGAGCACCACCCUCUUCUCAAUGAAAACGAUGGAUAUGACUCUACCCCUUGUGAGGGUGAGCUCUCUGACAAAGUAUGGUUCAUACGGGAUGGGUGUGGCAUGGUCUGUGCUGUGAUUACCUGGCUACUAGUCGUCUAUGCAGACUUUGUGGUGACUUUUGUUAUGCUGCUGCCUUCAAGAGACUUCUGGUAUUCUGUCAUCAAUGGAACACUUUUUAACUGCUUGGCGGUACUUGCUUUGACAUCUCACCUAAGGACAAUGCUAACCGAUCCGGGGGCGGUUCCCAAGGGCAAUGCCACUAAAGAAUACAUGGAAAGUUUGCAGUUGAAACCAGGAGAAGUAAUAUAUAAAUGUCCGAAAUGCUGCAGUAUCAAACCAGAACGUGCCCACCACUGCAGCAUUUGCAAGAGAUGUAUUCGUAAGAUGGAUCACCAUUGUCCGUGGGUGAACAACUGCGUGGGAGAAAAGAAUCAGAGGUUUUUCGUGCUUUUUACUAUGUAUAUAGCUCUGAUCUCAACGUAUGCCCUAAUUUUGUGUGGGUUACAGCUUUUCACUUGUGUCAAAGGACAAUGGACAGCAUGUAGCAGCUUCUCUCCCCCCGUUACUGUAAUCCUGAUGAUCUUCCUGUGUCUUGAGGGAUUUCUCUUUCUUACAUUUACAGCAGUUAUGUUUGGUACUCAGAUACACUCAAUUUGCAAUGAUGAAACGGAAAUUGAACGUCUUAAAAGUGAGAAGCCAACAUGGGAGAGGAGGUUACGAUGGGAUGGCAUGAGGUCGGUUUUUGGAGGGCAGCCAUCUUUCCUAUGGAUUAAUCCUUUCGCAGGUUUGCAAGUCAGACGCUUCCUGAGAGCAAGGAAAGGGGGUACAGAGUUCUCCGUCUGAACUGUCUUCUUGUUCCACUGGAAUUAUCCCAAAUUUAUUUAUUUUAUGUAAGGAAAAUCACUCCUGCUAUCAACAGGGUCAAAGAUAAAGAGAUGAAAAAAAUGCAAGUAUUUCCUUCCGCAAAGAUUUUUAUUAAAAGCAGUCUAUUUAAUAUGGCCAGCAUGAACAAGGAUUUAAAAUGAAGUCUGUUCUAAAUCUAAUUUAUAAUUAUACAGGGUUUUUUUUUUUUUGUUUUUCCUUUGUACAAGUCAACCUGCCCAUUUUUUUUAUUAAUCAACUUUUUUUAUUCAUCAAUUUUUUGAAUAACAAGCUGAAUGACUUUUUGUGCAUUAUGCAAUUCUGUUUCAAUGCUGUUUAGCUGAUUUUUGUUUCACUUUUCUGUACUGUAUUAUUGGAAGAUUUGAUUUUCUUGAUGCUGGACAGAGCUACAAACCUUGAACACCCUGACUGUGCAAUAUGUGUGUAAGCAUCGGCAUGCAGAUAGCAGAGAUCGGCUGUGGUGUGAGCAUGCAGGUGUCAUAAUGGCAGUAAUAAGGCAUUUUCUCUUUGUAUCCCUAUCGUCUCUAUGCUGCCUAUAUAUAUAUCUCUCUUUCAAUUGCUAACAUUAUUCAUUGUUCAUUUCAUCCACUUUUACUUUCCAUCUGUGCAGUCCUUGUUUUCACUCCUUUAUGCUGCCGCUGUCUGCCAAUUUUGGCAUUUAAUCCUCAUAUACCGAAUCUGGAAGUUAAAUGAAACAUAUGAGUCUUCUUAAAACAUGGAAUAUUGUAGCUAGGAUAGAAAAGGAGUGUCAAACUAUUUAUGAACCAAAGCUAAAUGAACUCUACACAGUUUACAAAAAUGGUGAUCUGAUUCCUUUAUCAUUUCCAUGGGUGACUGCCACUCUCUCAUUUACCAUUCCUUUCAGAUUCAGUGAGUGAACUGCUUGUAAGUGGAUGAAUCGUGUUUGAUAAAAUGUUUGCAAUGGGAAAUUGAGUUAGGUUGGUGCUGGUCUUUGUUUUUAAUGUAUAGCAUACAUGUAUGUUUUGGCUGGAAGCAGCCAUAGGCAUUUUCAGCAUGGAUGCUUCCAUUUAAGCCACUAAUGCACUUGGCGCAAAAACUGUCAUGGUGCUCACCUUUGCUCAUUGCAUUCCAUAGGUUAGUGUCUGAAUUAUUGCAUGUGUAAAAUAUUCAUCUCACCUGGGAGUGAAAGUUGUGUUAUUGCCAUUCAUUAAAGUAUGAUAUUGUAAAAAGAGGGGGCAAGGUAUGGGGUCCUCUUAUGCACGGACUUCUGAAAUAAAGUAUUCAGAUUCUUACA